AUGAAGCUUGAAGAAAAGUGUGGGGACAAUAGGAUCCCUGUGGGAAGGGGUCAGCCUCACCUGGGUGAGACGCAGCAGGCAAACGGGAAAGCAGGCGCAGCCGCAGGUGCGGGCGCUGAGGUCUGUGCGAAGCAGGAGGCCAGUGGGAAGCGGGCCGUGCCCGGCAGAAGCCUCAACACGUACAGCUGGCAGGAGGUGCAGAGACACAACCGGGAGGCCGACCAGUGGCUGGUCAUCGACCGCAAGGUUUACAGCGUAACUGGCUGGGCAGACAGGCACCCAGGUGGGCGCCGGGUCCUCAAGCACUGUGCGGGGGAAGACGCCACGGAUGCCUUCAGAGCUGUACACCCGGACCUUGACCUAGUGCAAUUGUACCUUAAACCACUGCUCAUUGGAGAGCUUGCUGCAGAAGAGCCCAGCCAGGAGAGAAACAAAAACGUGAGUGAGGGCCUGUCACAAAACUGGUGGAAUAACCGGCACUCUCAACAUCAUGUAAAAACAAACAUCUACCCCAAAGACCCGGAUAUUAACAUGGGCCCACUUUUUCUGCUUGGAGAUUCGCAACCUGUCAAGUAUGGCAAGAAGAAAAUCAAAUAUAUCGACUAUGAAAGGCAGCACCUGUACUUCUACAUGGUUGAGUUACCCCUCCUCACGUCUGUGUAUUUGAAUAUAAGAUCUAUGCAAAGGAUGUACCGUACAAGAGACUGGGGGGACAUCGCCUGGGUUAGCAGCUUCUACAUCCGACAUUUCCUUACGUUUGGCCCUUUCUAUGGAGUCUUUGGAACCCUGUUGCUCAUAUAUUUGGUCAAGUUUCUUGAAAGUCCCUGGAUUACAUAUAUUACCCAGAUGAGCCACAUACCCAUGAAAAUGAGCACAGAGGAGAACCAGGACUGGCUCAGCACUCAGGUCCGAGCCACCUGUAAUGUUGAACAGUCCAUUUUCAAUGACUGGUUCACUGGGCACCUGAACUUCCAAAUCGAGCACCAUCUGUUCCCCACAAUGCCGCGUCAUAACUACCACAAAGUGGCACCUCUGGUGAGGUCACUGUGUGCCAAGCACGGACUGCAGUACGUGAACAAGCCCAUGCUCAAGGCGUUUGCAGAUAUUCCCCGGGCUUUGAAGAAGUCUGCAGCCCUCUGGAAGGAGACUUACUACGAAACAUGA